GGGGCGGUAUUAGCCCGUGCUGCGGAGCGGCGGCGGCGGCGGCCCUCAGUGCCAGUGCGGCCGCCUCCUGCGACACGGCGCCCGGCAGCGGAUAGGCCGCCCGCGGGCCACUUCAGACAGAGAUACCAUGGACGAAGCCCUGCAGGCCAAGCUGGUGUCGCUGGCCGUGCUCGGCCUGGGCUCGCUGGCGGCCGGCUGCCUGCCCAUGGCCGCGCUGGCCAUCGUGCGGCGCGGCAAGCGCGGCCGGGACGCCACGCUGCGCGUCACGGCCGACAGCACGCUCUUCUCUUACCUGCUGUGCUUCGGCGGCGGCGUGCUGCUCUCCACGCUGCUCUGCCACAUGAUCCCCGAGAGCCUGGAGAGCUGGGACGACCUGCAGGCCGACCAACUGGUGGUCGAGAACGACGUCCCGCUGCCGAGCAUCCUCACCGGGGUGGGAUUCUUCCUGGUCUACGCUGUCGAGGAGGUGGCGCACGCCAUCAUGCACGGCCGGCGGCGGCCGGGGGCGGCCAAGGUGACGCCCCAGGUGGAGCUGAGCGAGCUGAGCGCCGUCGAGCUGCAGCGGCGCGCCCCGCAGCCGGCCGCCGCCGACGAGCCGCACUCGCACGGCGCCGAGGAGCCGCACUCGCACGGCGCCGCGCUGGCCGAGUCGGCCAGCGCGCUGUCCACCGUCCUGCUGCUGGUGGCGCUCUCGUUCCACGCCGUCCUCGAGGGGAUCGCCGUGGGCGCCGAGGAGGAGGCGAACGACGUCUACCUGAUGCUGGCCGCCAUCUGCAGCCACAAGUUCGUGCUGGUGUUCAUCCUGGGCCUGGAGCUGCUGGCCACGCGGCUGCAGCCGGCCGCCCAGCUCGGCUGCAUCCUGACCUUCGUCGGCGCCACGCUGCUCGGCAUCGGCAUCGGCAUCGGCGUGCUGCAGCUGGACGCCGACGGGCGCGCGCACGGCAUCUCGCUGAUGGUGCUGCAGACGCUGUCGGCGGGCGCGCUCAUGUUCGUCUGCUUCAUGGAGGUGCUGAGCAGGGAGCGCAGCCGGCACGGCCACAAGCUGGCGCGGCUCGCCUGCACGGCGUUCGGGUUCGCGCUGAUCGCGCUGCUCGUCAGCCUGGUCACCGAGCCCGAGGAGGACUGAGAGCACCGAGGACUGGGAGCACGGAGGACUGAGAGCCCGAGGACUGAGAGCACGGAGGACUGGGAGCACGGAGGACUGGGAGCACGGAGGACUGAGAGCGCGGAGGACUGAGAGGACUGGGAGCACGGAGGACUGAGAGCACGGAGGACUGAGAGCACGGAGGACUGGGAGCACGGAGGAGGACUGGGAGCACGGAGGCGGGGACGCUGCGCGGACGGAACAGCACGGUGGAGGGCUGGGACGAGGCGGCUGCGCGGUCGGUCCGUAGGCGACCCGUGCGACAUGUCAGCGGUGGGACCGGCUGAAUGAGGGAACAAUGAGGGGUGGCAAAGAGAACAAUGAGAACAAUGAGGCGAAGGCGAGGAGACGAAGGCUGCCAUAAGCUACUGGCCAUUUCUGCACUGCGUGCGAUUUGAGCUAUGGGCCACUGAUGGUAGCCGGCGGUGAGCUUUAAGUACGAACCGUCCACUUGUUCAUUGCCAUGGUUGUGUUCUAGUUGCGGUUGUGGUCUAGGUGAACUGUGAAAUUCCAUCAGGCCAUCGGCAGGGAUCGCCGGCCUCCGGACGCAGUGUCCGCGGGAUUAGGUACAGCCGGUGUCAGACGAUAUCUUAUCUUAUUCGCGUAUGAGUGCCUGCCAGCGGUAUCUAAAGGCGUUGCUAUCGGUCGGAGCGGCUGCUGGUGAAAUGCGGUCCGUAUCGGAGCCGAGCUGCCCCGAUACACCUGUUUCUGCUGAGAACUGUGUAACGCAGUACACACUCGUCCUCACACAAAGCUGAUCUCGUUUGCCAUCAUGAACCAUUAUGUAGAUAUGUAUAUCAUUGUAUGUUUCAUGUACCUAAUUUGAUCUCGGAAUUUCAAUGUCAGUGACCUAAGGUCAGGUAAAACUUUGCAAUCUCUCUAUUAUAAGUCAAAAAAGAGGAAAUUGAGAGGCACCUCUUUUGGACGAACGUUCGUCCAAUGCCCGUACGUCAAUCAUUUUGUCUGUUGUCUUGGAAUAGGCCCUUUCGGUCUAACGAGACCACCUAGGGCCGGAAGGAUGAUAGGAAUUAGGGGGAGGCAUUGGUCUGGGCGAGCACCCUGGUGAGUCGCCGGGGCUGAGUCCGUCCAGGGGACACGCCGACCAGCCCCCGAAGCACUCUCCGCACACGGCUACGGGGCUCGCUCUUAUGGGCAGUGCCGCAUGGGAUAAAGUAGUUACCCGUCCAGCCCGGAGCAGGAUUUGCGGCGUGCAGGAAAAUGAUUCCGUCUGUCCUGACUCCUAAGGAUGACAAGAGGGAACGGAGGGCGUCAAUAAAUAGGUAUGAUUGACAAUGCAUACGAUUGACGGAUGUAGCUACGUUAUUCUAACUAAACGCUUUCAAACGCCGGGCGAGUUACAAGCUAAUAUGACACGCCGAACCAGAAAACUGCACCCGUGACCUCUAUUCAUGUCCCUGAGGUCAUCUCAGGUCACCAAAGGUGUCGAAAUAUUAUUCCCGAUAAAUUUCAUACCUACGUUUUGGAACCAGAUACCUAUUUAUGUCCUAUGGAACAGUGGUGAUAUGCUGUGGAACUUGCAUUGCAAUGUACCUACCUACAGGGUGUUUCACAAUAAAUGUUACUUUUGAAUAGCUUAAAUGAAGAUCUUACUUGUUCGUACUUCGUAAGCGCGUAAAUUUUAUAUGCAUUUUGCUGCACCGCAGCUUUGUAGCGGUUUUUAGUCCUUACAUUUUUUUUUUACAAACCGUCAACGGUUCCAUCAGUAUGGUAUGGACGUGCAAUGCCAACACCGUCAAAACGGGUCAAUUCGCUGUGUACAGAUGAUGAGGCGGUAUGGGUGGUCAUGCAUUACGGCGCUUUGCGGAGUCUGACCGCAGUGCGACGGAGUUUCGGUAGCCAUUUAAAAGGAGGAAGGAUAUUCCGUCAAAAAUGUCUUUCAAACGGGUAGUAGAAAGGUUCCAGAAGACUGGAAACACCAGACCAGCCCCGACUCCUGGCCGGACGGCGAUCCCAGAGAAUGUGGUUGAAAAAGUCAGACGGAAGGGUGGCAUAGUGGAGAACCCGUGAAGGGUGCUGAACUGAAAGUUAUAUGUUCAUCAGUCCUACUGUUCUGCUGUCUCAUGAGGUAAUACUCAUGAGCCAUAUUGUAAUACAUGUCACUGAAA